AUGAAUGAACGAAUACGUCUUACAGUAUGUGGUAUUUAUUUAAUUUUGUUUUCUAUAUUUGGUACAAUGCUUACAUUAACCAUUUUUACUUAUAUAAUAAAUAUUGUUUAUUACAAAAGUAAAACAUAUCAAUUAUUGGCUUGUUAUGUCAUACCAUUUAUAUCUGUUAUUUGUAAUGAUGGAGCUAUUUUAUUUACUACAGCAAUUGCUGUUGAACGUAUCCUUAUUGAAUGUUGGAAUUUUAAUAGUCAAGCACGACGAACACGUGGAAUGUUUAUAUCAAUAAUUAUUAUCUUUUUUAUAUGCUGUUCGAAUAUAGAUGAAAUUUUUAUUCGUCAUAUUUCUACUGAUCUUCUAGAUAAUGAGAUUUGUAUCUAUGAUUUUGAUCGAUAUCCAAUAUGGCGUCGUAUUGAUAUUGUUUUUUCUUAUAUUCAUGUUAUUAUGCCUUGUGUAAUACAUUUUAUUUGUUCAGUAUAUGUUCUUACAGUAAUUGCUCGUCGAAAAAUAUUUAAUCGUGGUAUAGAAAAUAAAUUUUUUUGUAUAUGGUUUGAACAAUUAUAUCUUAAUCGAGAUUUUUUUAUUCCACCAAUAUGUCUUAUUUUUUGUGUUCUUCCACAUGGUAUACUAGGUCAUUUACUUAGAACAUGUAUACCAUAUUCAGAUAAAAGUAAACUUCGUCUUCAUAUAUCAUUCAUAAUUUUAUUAUUUGUUCCACAAAUGUCAAGUUUUAUCUUAUAUGUUUAUCCGAAUCAAAAAUAUUGGAAAGAAUUUCAAAAUACAAUUAUUUAUCGUAAAUUUUGGUACUGUUUUUAUCAUAGACGCCGAAGAUUACAACAACAAAUCGAUAUGGAAUUACAACGAGAACAACUAAGAAUGUCGAUAUACACCAUUAGUAAAACAAUUUCAGCUAGUGAACAAAUGAAUACCAUUCUCUAA